AUGAGUAGUGUAGUGUCCAAGCCGCUGAAAUUCCAGGUGAAAGUGGUGUCGCUGAAAGCUGGUGCAAAGGUACUGGAGGUCGCAGACGGGCUGAACGCUGUUGACUCGAGCGAGUGGCUGUGCGACUACGUGUCUGCUUCGGAGGUCACGGCGCUGGAGGAUCUCAUUGGCUGGGAACAUGACGAAAGUCACGAUGGCUUUGGUGACAGCGCGUACGACGACAGCUUAUCAGGUGAAGGUCCUGAAACGGAUUCUCAGAUUCAGUCUGCAGUGUUGGAAGAGCGCACCCAUGAGCUCGAAGGGCAAGUGGCCCGGCUUGAAGAGCAUCUUGCGGCCGCCAAGAAAGAACUGAAGAGUGCGCUGGACCGCGUAGAGAUCGCCGAGGAGAUCUACAAGGCCAAUUUGGAGACUAUUACUCAGCUGGAAUGCGCUCCUGCCGUGCCGAAGGCGUCGAUGAUCACGCAGCAAGCGGAAGACACCUCCGAGGUGACCUCGGCACCGCCCGCUGCGACACCAAGCACGCAGCCGGAGGGACCUCCUUCGAGCGAGCUGGAGCGCGUGCAGAGACUAUGCGCCGCCUUUCAAGAGCAGUGCCUCUGGCGGUCCGUGGAGAACAUGGAGCUCGAAGCUCAGCUGGCUGCGUCACAAGUUGAGGCGACCUCUUGGCGUGAGAAGCACAGCGAGCAAGCCGCGCAGCUCGAGGCGCUGCAGCAGCAGAAACGCACGCUGCGCACGCACAAGAAGAUGCUCGUGCAGGAGGUCAAGCGGCUGCAGCCGUACUCGCAGGUGAAUCUGGCGGCGCUAGUGCAGGAAGCGCAGGAGGCCCGCAUGGUGCAGCGCAGUCUGCAGGCCAAGCUGGACUCGCACGAGCAAUCGGCCAGCGGCGUUGCGGGAAGCGUCGAGACCGCCGACUUUGUGCUCGUCGAAGCCUCGGAGGAGGAACCGUGA